UGAACGACCGCCGCGCCUCUUCGCUCACUUCCAGCUGCCCUCCUCAUCCUCGCCCUUUGUCUGCGAACCACGAACGAUGGCACGGCCGUCCGAUGAGAGCCGAUCCGUCGUUCUUUUCUAGUCCACAUCGCCUGCUCUCAUCGUGGUUGGGCAAUUUCCCUUCCCUUCGUUUCCUUUCCUUUCCUUCCUUGCCUGCAAGUGUCCCCGCUCCGGAGCGGACUUCUAUCUCCAUCCUUUGACUCUGUCUGCUAUAUGGUCCCUGCACUCGGGCCGAAUUCUAAGGUUGCAAGAGCUACACUCCCGCUUCGUUCUCCCGGCCCACACAUCAAUGUUUAUCACGCGUUUCCACCUGCCACUUUAUUACCCCCUUAGUCGGUGCCCCGACCACGUCUGUGACGCAAUAUGACUCGACCCCAGAUAUCCCGAGCCGAAACGGCUGACCUGCAAGAAUCCUUAUCUCCAUCUCCCCACGGCCGCCACCAAGGCCAGGCGCUGCGAAAUGCCGAACGCGAUACUCCGGAUGAGAUUGCCGAUCCCCGAAGAGACGUCCACCACCGGAUCGACGAAGAGUAUAACUACAGCGAUCAGGAUGACACCGACCACCUGAAUGGAUUGCACGGUGAUCGGAUGGGCGGUUAUCAACAAUACCUCGAAGAGGACGCCGCGGACGACGACAUGGACGAUCAUCUAGACGAUGAUAUGCUGGAUAAAAUCUCCAGUUCUCCCUCAAUCGACGAUGAGGAUAUUGAUUUUGAAUUUGUUUAUGCUCUGCAUACAUUCUUUGCAACUGUAGAGGGCCAGGCCAACGCCACCAAAGGCGACACAAUGGUCCUUCUAGAUGACAGCAAUAGCUAUUGGUGGCUUGUGCGAGUUGUGAAAGAUGGUAGCAUAGGUUAUCUCCCUGCUGAGCAUAUUGAAACACCAACAGAGCGAGUUGCUCGUUUCAAUAAACAUAGGAAUAUUGAUCUGUCGGCCACUAUGCUUAGUGAUAAUGCAGAAAAGCCCAAGAACUCAUUAAAAAAGGCCAUACGUCGGCGAAACGCGAAAACUGUGACAUUCGCAUCCCCGACUUACUUUGAGGCGUCGGACAUCGAUUAUUCUACUGAGGAAGAAGAUAUUGACGAUCAGCUUUUCGACGAAGAAGGGAUACGGGAGGAAGAAGGGGAAGGAGAAUACGAGUCCGAACUCUCAGAUAUUCAGGGCAUACGAGAAGAAUCUUCUAUGGGCAAUAUGAAGGUCGAACCACUACGUCCUAAGCCUCAAGCUGACAGGGAUCACUCGCAGUCCCAAGACGAGGAGUCAACAGAUCGAACUUCGGAACAGACGCGAGACUCUGAGGAGUCGGCUAAUCAGCAAGAAGAAUUUAGGCAUGGAAGGUCUAGAAACGGAGUAUUCAGAAAUACAGAUUCCUUCUUCAAGGAUGACACUGUCGAGACGAAGAAAAUAUCGCUUACUCCAAAUCUUUUGCGUGAUGAUGCCAAUGAAAGCAGUCAAGUGACCGACACGAAAGAGAUGAGAGGUCGUGGAAGCUUCGAGGCGCUGAUUGGCGACAGAAGCAAAGAUGAGAAAAAGCGGAAAGAAAAGAAAUCAGGGAUGCUCAGUGGCUUGUUCAAGAGAAAGGACAGGAAGAGUAAAGCCUUCGAAGACGAUGGGGAGGAGCAUGAAAAAGUGUCCGAAGAGUCCGCCCGAUCAUCGACCGAGCGUAAACUCUCCACGGAGUCAUUAAAAGAAGAAACUCCUCCGUCGAAACCGCAGGCAGCGCCUCAGAGACAUCCAAGUAAGCUCCAAAAGCAACCACGCGGAGGCUCUCCACAGACGGUCGACUCGACCACACCAAGCAAGAACCAUAAAUCGUCGGUACGGGCUGUGGCGCCUGACCUCAAUGGAGACACCAACCCUGCCAUCCACACAAGUCCUUCCGUACCUAGGCAUGACCCAUCUUUCACCACGACAACCGCUACUUCUGCGUCAGAUUCUGUUUCCAACUCUGCAGUGUCAUCUCCCCUUUCACCCAGCUUCCAAAAUACCCCCGCUCCCUCAGUCGACGUCGUCGAUAAGCCUGCAGAGCUUUCUAUUCGAGCCGUUGCUCCUCUUAAGGAAGAAAAUAACCUGAUGUCACCGAAAGAAUCACACGAGAGCGGGUCUCGAGGUCCUUCUUUGGAUAUUCAGGGCGUUAACGAUCUCCCGGUAUUGUCGACAAAGAGGCUAUCCAACGAUGAUGGUUCUAUCUCUACACGUUCCCUAUCCCAGCCCUCUUCCGAUAUCCUUGACAUCCACCAAACGAAAACCGAUACUACUGCACCAGCGAGUACCGUAGUUUCACCUGUUCACAGCCCUAUAUGGAAUGAUGCUGGUCUCCGAGCCUAUCUGGAAGACGGCAGUGAUAUCCGAGAUCUAAUAAUAAUCGUUCACGACAAGUCAAAUGUCUUGCCAGCAGGGCCAGAUCAUCCGGUCACGGGAAAUCUGUUCAAGGAUGAGAGCAGGUCUCUCAACGAGAUGUCUAAUCGCCUCGAUGAUAUGCUCAACGGGUGGUUAGCUCGAAAAUCUACCGUUGCAGUAAAAUAAGCCGGCGAUACUAGCUGAGAUCUGCCUCAAGCCAAGAGAUAUUAUUGCUGAACCGGCUGAGCAAUCUUAUCGUGUGAUAAAGCCAGUGAGCUUUCAGCAAUGGGCUGCUGGGCCGUUAUUGUUGUGUUUGUGCUGAAAAGUUCGUUGAAGGCACUACCACUAAAAGUUUAGUCAUCUCUUGGUCCUUGUCUUUCAUGCUCUUCUGCACGGCGGCCAUCUUGCUUUACCCAGCAGAUCCAAUGCAAAAAUGAUUCGAUGAGUCGAACAGUUCUGAGGUGCGAUGAAGCUUUGGGGCGUUGCUCAAGCUCUUGCGGCCUAUUCCGUGGUUAUAUUUUUUUAUUUUUCCCCCCUUCUUUGCCAUGCUUUUGAAUACCCUCAGCAUUUCUUUGUCGUCUCCAUACAUUCUUUUGGACCCUCUUCUACUUUCAUUCUUGCACCCCCAAUUUGGAGUACUUUUUGGUACGUCUGUAUGCACAUAUUUAUGUCCUCCUUUCCCUUUUCCCUUCGAUAUUCUUUUCCUUUGUGACCUAUUUUAUAUUUGGCUUAGUGCCCUUUUUCCCCCUUCCAUUCCUCAUUUCUCUUUCAAAACUUGAUUGCUCCUUGCAUCUCACUCCAUAUCCCAUGAAUGAACUAUGAUCUUUUGCUGUCCUCCUUUCCCUUCUACAUACCACCCUUCACUUUACUUUGUCCGCUUCUAGUGUUUAAUGUUUGGUAACAUACAUAGGCAACUACCGACACUCAUAGGCACAUACUUGGCAAACACUAUGUAUAAAGGAUUUUGAGUGUGAGAAGGGUCACUUCUUUUUUUUGAGCAUUUUCUAGACAUCAAUUCCCUUGGGAUAGAUGUUGAUUUGACGCACGAGAUCCGCUGUAUUCCGGGGAGACUGGGCGUAAUGCCUCUU